AAGAUGUUUGACAGGAAAGAAGAAGCAAACCACACCAGAGCACCCGCCAACCACCCACUUCAAAUUCUUUAAAUCAUUUUCCCCCCGUUUUAACUUUCUUUUUUAAAAGUUUAACGUUGGUCUUUUCUGCCUCCUGUUUGUCCAGUGCAAGCGAACUUGCCAAGGUCUGCAUGUCGAUUCAAGGGUCCAAGGUACUGUCUUUGUCUAUUCCUAACCGUUACUGUUACUGUGACAACCCCACGCGGUAAGCUGUACGCUUAGGUGGUAAAUGAUAGCUGUCGAUUCCCUAAUUGAGAUUUCUUUGUAUUUCCCACCAGACAGAGGCCAGGUGAAAGUUUGUUCGACGCACCCGGUGAAGGAGCUGAUGGACAUGAACCCCCGUUUAAUGAACAUAUCAGAUGUGACUGCUCUCCCAUAUCCGAUGGGGGUGUCUGUCCAAUGAAAUCAUUAUUCCAUGACAUCAUAGUUUCUGUCGAACCAUCAAAAGAGUCAACGGAAUCUUAUCUUGAAAAGACAGUUUUUCCAGAGGAAUUAGAUGCCACCGUUCUCAGCAGGAAUAGACGCCAAACUGUGAAGGUACAUGAGUCACACACAGACAUCAGUGUGGACAGCUUAGUCGUGUACGAGUCAGAUGGUGCACAGAGCGAGGACCAGGGGAACUUUCUGGGAAGGUCAAAUGUCAAAUCAAAUACAAACUCACAAGGAUCAGGACGGACUGCUUCUGCUCCAGAGACACGAUCCUAUUUCUUCCGGCCCGAUCACGUGAUUUCUACCCAGGCGUUCUUCCCUUCAUGGCCUGCUCCGAGUGGGCUGACGGAAGCGGAGGCGUCUGACGCAUGCGCAAACAUCCUCUUUGGUGCUCCGGUAACGUUGACCUGCGCAGACAACAAUCUGGUUGGACAGCUUAUUUCAGCAGCUUUCGACUUCUGCAAAGAAGAUAUACAGAUCAAAGGAGACCUGAAAUGGGCAAACCACAGUACAAGGCUAGUGGAAGCCGUUUGUGAUUUUGCUUUGAUAGAAAACGCCCAGAGCUUCAUGGCCCCUGGCUCAGACACUCCCAUCUGGCCACGUGACCUGGUUGAUGCUGUCACGUGUCCUCGAGGCUGUGGUGGGCGGGGCCAGUGUCAGGAGGAAGGCUGUCGUUGCGAGUCUGGCUACAGAGGAGAGGCGUGUGAAGUGGUCGUGGAAGAAACGGGGAGGGAUACAAAAACACCUACCUGGGAACCUCGGAGGAACGGCCGCACGCUUGGACCAGUCACAGCUACUGAAAGGACUGCAUCUUCAACCCAACAUACCACACGGUUCUACCCUUCUGCUCCUUCAACAACGCCCACCACCAGUCCUACCACAACCGCUACCACCACUACCACCACCACAACCACUACCACCACCCCUACCCCCACCACCACCACGAGUACUACUACCACCCCUCCAACUACAACUACCACAACACCCACCACCACAUCUCCAACCACAGCAUCUUCAAUAACAAAGAGAGCCUCUACAACUACCAGAAACUACUUUGAAAAUUUUGCAACAGAUUCGGGGACAAAAAGUACAUUUUUUACACAAAAAACUACAAUACAUUCCCAAUUUAGACCCACCAAGGAGACCUACCCUAUAAAGAAAACAACAGCGACAACCACUGCUGCAUCAGCUACUCGAAACCCAUCAUCAUCAUCAUCAUCAUCAUCAUCAUCAUCAUCAUCAUCAUCAUCAUCAUCAUCAUCAUCAUCAUCAUCAUCAUCAUCAUCAUCAUCAUCCAAGAGUGAUUCAGAGAGCGCCGACCUGCAAACCGAGGAGUCGAGUGCCCAGUUCGAGGCGUGCGAUUCCUCCACUGACAGAUGUACUCUUAUCGCCUUCGCCGGAGUCUACAGGCAGCCAUCCCUCAAGUGCAGCGUCACACCUGUCAAGAUUUCCCCGGCUGGCAUCGUGGAGUUCACCCGGCCGGUCGUAACUUCUAGCAUACUGAGCCCCGAGGGACAGUUCCUGUGUGUCCUGCCCUUCUACUCCUACUUAAGACAGAUUUUCACCAGCGUGCAUGAGUUCCACAGCCUCAAGCUGGAGGAAGGCUACUGCUACAUCACCAAUGAAUGUUAUGUUGCUGGAUCGCUCAAACCCUAUGACGCGUGCCUCCAGUGUGCCCCCGAGGUCUCCACGAAAAAAUGGUCUCCCAGACAAGACAACGAAGCCCCUGUGCUGUAUGCCCAGAACUCUGUCCUCGUAUUCAACGGUCAAGAUGCGAGACUGACCAUCACUGCCCGCGACCCCGAAGGAUCAAGAGUCAUCCUGAGCGUCAAUCGUCCGGACGCAUACAUCAGCCAAUCAGGGGAGUUUUUGUGGCGAGCGACUGGCAGCAACGUGGAGAUUGGUGACUUGAGACAGGAAAAGUUUACUAUUACGGCCCGGGAUGUCUGUAAUGCCACCACCGCACUUAGACUGGUUGUAAGUUACAUCCGGUAG